UCUCGGGUAGAGCCGUGGUAGGCUCUCUUCUUGGUCCUGUCGUUGUUACAACAUAAGGAGUAGCAAUUUAGUGCGAAAAAAAUCCCAGAACGAAGGAAGACGACGUUUUUAUCGCCGUCGAAGUUUCUCACUACACUAUUAAGCUAGGGAGAGUCAUACUCGUUCACCAAAUGGCUACGCAUAUGAGUAUGGGAGAAGCACACAGGCGAAUCGCAGAGUACCUGAGCCGCUUCGACGACGCCGUUUCGUCUCAAGAUGGCAGAUCUCUGAGCAGACUCUUCUCCAUCUCCUCCAAUUCUUCCUUCAUCCUCCCUCUAUCCGACGCUCUCAAAACAUUCCAGGAUCCUAAUCGAGUGAUCAGACAAUCUGAGUGUUCUCACUAUGCAGACAUACUGCUUCCAUUAUUCCGUGCUUUCCAGAGCUAUAAACUCAAGAUCUUGGCUGAGGCCUACCAGGCUUUUGAAAAAGCUGCCAAUUCUUUUGUUCAAGAGUUCCGCAACUGGGAAUCAGCUUGGGCUCUGGAAGCACUUUACGUCAUUGCAUAUGAAAUUAGAGUUCUUGCUGAAAGGGCCGACAGAGAGUUGGCUUCCAUGGGGAAAAACCCUGAAAAAUUGAAAGCAGCGGGGUCCUUCCUUAUGAAAGUAUUUGGGGCACUCGCUAGUAAAGGCCCCAAACGUGUAGGAGCAUUAUACGUGACGUGCCAACUUUUUAAAAUUUAUUUCAAGCUUGGAACUGUCCACUUGUGUAAAAGUGUGACAAGAAGUAUUGAAACUGCCCGGAUUUUCGACUUUGAGGAAUUCCCUCUUAGGGAUAAAGUCACUUACAUGUACUACACUGGUCGUUUGGAGGUCUACAAUGAAAACUUUCCCGCUGCUGAUCAAAAGUUGUCAUAUGCCUUGGCACACUGUAAUCCUCAAAAAGAGGGAAAUGUGAGGAUGAUACUCAAAUAUCUGAUACCUGUGAAGCUUUCAAUAGGAAUCUUGCCUAAAAGUUUCCUCCUUGUGAAGUAUGAUCUAAAUGAGUACAGUAACAUAGUGCUUGCUCUUAGAAGAGGUGAUCUCCGACUUCUUCGAUCCGCUCUACAUGAACAUGAAGAUCAGUUCUUGAGGUCUGGUGUUUACCUGGUCCUAGAGAAGCUAGAGCUUCAAGUUUAUCAGAGGUUACUAAAGAAGAUAUACAUCAUGCAGAAGCUGAAGGAUCCAAAUAAAGCUCAUCAAAUUAAGCUGGAUUUAAUUGUAAAAGCCCUGAAGUGGCUUGAGAUGGAUAUGGAUGUUGAUGAGGUUGAAUGCAUAAUGUCUAUCUUAAUUUAUAAAAAUCUUAUGAAAGGCUAUUUUGCCCACAAGAGCAAAGUGGUGGUUUUAAGCAAGCAAGACCCAUUCCCCAAAUGGACAGGCAAACCAGGAAAUUUAUAGAGAAGAUAAUGCGGUUGCUCUACAAGCAAUGGUGUUGUACCCUUCUGAGUCCUUCCUGAAAAGGCCAUCCUGUCAUUAAGUUAAAGAAAUUGAACUUAAUGGAAGCAUAAGGUGUUUAUUUUCUUUUAGUAAAAAAAAAAGUGUUUAUUUAGGACUGCCUACGGACUAAAUUGUAUUUUCUUUUAGUUCCAAAAUUAGGACUGUAUACGGACUAAACUGUAUGUUCUGCACUUUGCCCUACCAUAAAUCAAAGUUCAAAAAAUUCUGCAAUGCCCUUAUUUUGCAUUGCCAUAAAAGUAAAAUCUAGUAUCUCACAUGUGUGUUGCACAUGAUGUAAA